GAUCACAAAGUGGGCGCAGCCGUGGAAAAAUCCCUGUUUUAAAUUCUACGUACUUACUUUUUUACUACCAGGCUGAAACCGUCACUGCAGUUUGCGUUGACGCUUUGUGGUAUUACAUUCUAAAUUUGAAGUGUCGUAGUUCGUCCGCGUACAGCGUCAAAGUUCGCCAUAAUGGCCGAUAAAGGAAAGACCCCGGAGGACAAGACCAAGUUGGAUCCCGCUACGGCUGCGAAACCGGGAGAUCCAGCGGCAGCCAAAUCGGCGGAGACGGCGGGCGGGGCGCCGGUUAAGCCGACCCUCAGCGUCAAUCCACCGGACGCAAAACCCAAACAGACCCUGUCCACGCAGGGCAAAGAUCCAGCGGCGAAGCCCACCCUCAGUGUACCGCCUAAGGAUCCGGCCGCUGCUAAAUCCAACGAGAACGCCCCCGGCCAGAAACCCAGCCUUAACCCGCCUCCUAAGGCCGACGACAAAAAACCAGCGGACGCUGCGGCAAAAGACGCCCCUAAAGACGCUCCUAAACCUGCCCCGAAGGACGAGAAGAAGGAGGAAGGAGAAAAGAAGGAGAAAAAAGAAAAAGACGAAGGAGAAAAGAAGGAGAGAAAAGAAAAAAAGAAGUAGUGCCAUUCUCCUGAUGCACAGUAUCUGUAAUAGAGUGUCAUAUUGCAGUACAUACAUACCCUGUCGUGAUCUGUAGUCUAGUUUACCAAAAUAACUUAAUAACAAUAAAUGUAUGUUAACAUACAUAUUAUUGUUAUUAACUUAUUUUGGUAAACUAGACUACAGAUCACGACAACAACAAUAAUUACUAUGUUAAUAACAAUAAUUCUGUUAAUAACGUUAAUAAAAUUAAUUGUUAACUGUUAACAACAAUAAUUAAUAUGUUAAUAACAAUAAUUCUACACUAUUCAAACAUCUAUGAAGAGACUGAAGCUAGUCAUGCGAAA